AUGGCUGGAAAAAUGACGUUGUACAAGCUGGUGGUGUUGGGAGACGGAGGUGUUGGAAAGACCGCCCUUACUAUUCAGUUGUGUCUUAAUCACUUUGUCGAAACAUACGAUCCAACCAUCGAGGAUUCAUAUCGCAAACAAGUCGUGAUCGAUCAACAAUCGUGUAUGCUCGAGGUGCUGGACACAGCGGGCCAGGAAGAAUAUACCGCGCUACGAGACCAGUGGAUCCGGGAUGGCGAGGGGUUUGUAUUGGUGUAUAGCAUCACAUCACGCGCCUCCUUCUCCCGCAUCACAAAAUUCUACAACCAAAUUAAGAUGGUCAAGGAAUCGUCAAGCUCCGGUUCCCCCUCCGGCCCCAGCUACCUGAACUCGCCCAUGACCGCCUCCGCGGGUCCCGCCAUGCCCGUGCCCGUCAUGUUAGUCGGAAAUAAGAGCGACAAGGCCGUCGAGCGCGCAGUCUCAGCACAGGAAGGCCAAGCAUUGGCCAAGGAGCUGGGAUGUGAGUUUGUUGAGGCAUCGGCCAAGAACUGUAUCAACGUGGAGAAGGCCUUCUACGACGUUGUCCGCAUGCUGCGCCAGCAGCGACAACAGGCAGCAGGUGGCCGUGGCGCAGACCGUCGCCCAACAGGCUUCGGAUCGGGCCGCGAUCGCGACGCAGGCCCCGAAUAUCCCAAGUCCUUCCGGCCUGACCGAUCGCGACAUCGCAGUCGGCUCCAGUGUACUCUCUUGUGA